AUGGUCCAAGACUUCGAAGAUGCCAACAUCACGUUGAUCUCUACAGCCAGCUUUUCUGAUGACCCAACUGAGCAGAUAAACAACUUGAAGGAAAGAGACGCUCGUAUAAUCAUAGGCAGUUUUGGAGAAGCCAUGGCCAGAACAGUAUUCUGUAAGGCCUUUCAGCUCGGUAUGUACGGUCGUAAGUACGUGUGGAUCCUGCUGGGAUGGUACCGGGCCGGAUGGUGGUUAUCGGAAAGAGGCACGGGGUGCUCGGCGGAGCAACUGUCUGUGGCCACCGAAGGGUACUUCUCCGUCGACACGCUGGACACCGUGGACAAGAAUCGAACCCUACCGAGCAAAGUCACCGUGAAGGAAGUCCAUGAGGAACUAAGCAGGCUAGAUAUAUCCAAGGGUGGCGGCCACGUUGAAAACGCAUAUGACGGAGUCCUGGCAAUAGCAAUAACUUUAGCCGAGGCACAGAAACAGCUAACGGACCAUGUAGUCAGCAGCGGUGUAGGACAGGGAUUUGGGGGGCAAAACGGAACCGGAAAUGGCCUGCCGAACAGCACCAUGGGAGACGAAAUGCCUGCUGGGAACAGGACGGUGGGAGUGGCUGACUUCGACUACCAAAACAGUGACAUGAGUCAGAUGUUCCAACACAUCAUGUUGUCACUGAAAUUUACCGGGCUUUCGGGUCCGGUGUCGUUUCUUGAUGGAGACAGGGUGGGACCAUCAGUCUUCUACCAAAAUCAAGGCAACUCUAUACCAGUGGAUAAAGUAACCAUUGUGGCGAAGUUUGUCUACAUUGAUAACAGCGCCCUCUACAUUGUGGGAACCAUCAGCAUUACUGCAGUCGUCAUGGCGCUGCACUUUCUGAUCUUCAACAUCAGACAUCGAAAUAUGAAAUAUAUCAAGUUGUCCAGUCCUAAGCUGAAUAACGUGAUCGUGAUCGGCUGUGUGCUGGUAUACUGUGGUGUUAUCCUGUGGGGAGCGGACGGCAACCAUGUUCCCGCCGACGCCUUCCCGGUACUCUGUACGGCACGUGCCUUCCUGUUCUCUUCCGGGUUCUCUCUGGCCUUCGGCGCCAUGUUUGCGAAGACUUACCGUGUUCACAAGGUGGCCAUCAAGCUCACAUUUGUCAUCGGGAACAAGAUGUUACGCGAUGGGAGACUACUUCUGUUUGUGGGGGCGCUGUUCUUGCUGGACGGUGUAGUCAUCCUGGCCUGGCUGCUGCUGGACCCCAUGCACCGCCAGGUGGAGCUGCUCCCACUUGAGGUCUCUGGCUACAGUGAAAACGUGCUGGUCCUACCUAAGGUGGAACACUGUUCCUCCACACACAUGGAGAAGUGGCUGGCUGCUAUCUACAUUUACAAGGGACUACUGCUCACCAUAGGGGCCUUCCUAGCGUGGGAGACCAGGAAGGUGAGGAUAAUGGUAAUGAAUGACUCCCGCCACAUCGUUCUCAACAUCUACAACGUGGUGGUGAUGAGCGUCAUCCUGGUUGCCAUUAGCAACCUGGCCGUCAUGGGGCAGACGAUGGCUUACGUCAUCAUGUCGUCAUCAGUGCUGUCGUCCACGACCCUGGCCCUGUGUGUGCUGUUUGUGCCCAAGAUGAUGGCCUUACGGAGACACCCCGAGCGGGACCCGAUAGACGAGGCGGCGGGGUUACAGAUGAUGGGGCGGUCCCGCAGACUCACCGUCACCGACGAGAAGGAGGUCCUCUUCCGGGCCGAGGUGCUCAACCGCGUCUUCAAACAGGAACUCAGACAGCUGGAUUCGAUGAUAAAGAAGCUGGAAAAGGCCAUCAAGAACCCUUCCAAAAUAGACAGCUACGAUAUCGAAGUGCUCUUGGAACAGCCCAGCCACAAAAGGCAGUUGACUGCUGACUCGCCAACACUGACUGACUUCAAGCCACUGCUACUGGAUCAGCCGAAGGUGAAGAGAGCUGUGUCCUUCUCUGACGACUUGGUGGACAAACGCUCGGGUGUGAUUAUCGACACCGUGUCGAUGACGUCGCUUUCCGGACGAUCUAACGUCACCGAAUGGUCAGACAGCGAAUCUGACGACUUGGUUCAGUCUAACUCCAACUCCGCGCAGGCGCAGAACGGGAACACCACCACGGAACAAAAUGGCGUCACUCAAAGAACUGAUGAGCGCAAAGCAGAACUAGAAACGCCUCUUUGUAGUACUAUUCAUCCUAACAUAGGCCGGACUGAAGGAUUCCUGGAUGAUUGUGACAACGGCAAUGAGCCACACUCAAUUUGCAGAAGAACAAGACUAUCUGAACCUAUUUUAAACCUCAGUGAUAGCAACUGUCCCUACUCCUUACAGUUUAGAGAGGGUAGAACGAAAUUCAGAAAAAGGUUAUGGGCUGACACUCACUUUUGCCCAGACGCUGCUUGUGGAAAAUUGCACAAGAAAGCUCUGUCAGAGAAUUUCAUCGUAACAUGA